UGUGGUCAUGCGAUGAUCCAGUUGUUUACACGCUAUGGCUGGUUCUGGAGGUUGGCCAAAUCAACACUCAGAAAUGUCGGAAUUUAGUGAUUUUGAAGGAGACGGAAAUUUUGGUGUUAAUUGUGAUUUCAGCAUAAAUGAACUUUCAGGAUUAGAUGAUCUGAUCACAAACUGUGAGCAGGAACUGUUUUCAAAAGCUGAUACACUCUUCUCAGAUGAUGGAAUUUUGUCGCAUUUGGCUGGCGAUCCUAUACCAAUGGAAGAAGAUGUGUCUUAUGAUUUCUUGAACCUGCCAAAUAAUUUGGUUGAACCUAAAGUAGAGCCUAAUGUUUCACCACAACACAUUAGAAACAACUCCGCAUCUCUGGAAGAACCAGUUCCAGUAGCUCUCACCCGAUCAUUACCAGUGAUUAAAAGUGAAAACAGGGUAACAAAUGCAAAUCCUUAUGCUCCACCAUCCAGUAACAACAAUCUCUCCAGUGCUCCACUUUCUUCACCACCCCAAGUUGUACCGAAACUAACAAAACCACCAGGAAAUGGAAAUGCAACAAAAGUUGUUUUGCAACCAACAACAAACUAUGUCUUACAACAGCCUCAACAAUAUAGAAACAUUCAGCCUAACCCAGGUCCACCGCAGUCGGCACCAAUUCAUGCCAACAAACCUGCUCAGCGCAAAGUCAAGUCUGGCGGAAAUGUUGUAACUGUACAGAGUAUGGGCCAGAUCCACGUUCCAGCAGAUCAGAUGAAACAGAUGCUGGUACAGGCUCAACUGAUCAAAUCCUCACCUGCAACCGUGAUGUACACUCCGGUGAACUCAGCCAAGACCGAUGGCAUUCCUGCAGCCACACCCAUUCAUGCUCUCAACGGAGCCUUUGUUACCACAGGUAUCCCUGUAGUUUUGGACCCUGACAAAUUACCAAUCAACCGUUUGGGUUCAGUGCCUGGUCAACCCAAGGUGCGGGAAGUAAAGCGCAGUGCUCACAAUGCUAUAGAACGGCGAUAUCGAACCAGUAUCAAUGAUAAAAUCAUUGAAUUGAAGGAUAUGGUCUGUGGUACAGAGGCAAAGUUAAACAAAUCUGCAAUUCUACGCAAGGCCAUUGAGUAUAUCAGGUUUCUGCAGACCUCCAAUCUUAAACUUAAGCAGGAGAAUAUGGCACUGAAGAUGAACGCUCAGAGACAGACUCUGCGAGACCUGCUGGUGCCAACUGUGCAGGAUGAGGAGGAUAUACCGGGUGGCAUCACCCCACCCCACUCAGACACACUGUCCCCACCCCACUCUGAUCCACCAUCCCCUGAAGACCAUGUCUAUAUCACUGAUCAAAUGAAGGAGUCAGAAGGUGUGUUCAGAGGCAUGCUGGACCACACACGCAUGGCUCUCUGUAUGUUCAUGAUAUCAGUGGUGGUGGUCAACCCGUUCAGUACACUGUUCCACCAGAUGCCGGCCCGUACAGACCAGUACAGUGGCUCUGGUCGCACCAUCCUGACCGUUGACAAUGGUGAGGGAACGUUCUGGCAGUAUGCCAGCUCCUCAAUGGCUCUGUGGUUGUUCAAUCUUCUUGUCCUAGUCUUUGGGCUGGUGAAGGUGUUUGUUUACGGUGACCCCAUCCUCGAGUCCAAGAGCAAGGCCUCAACAUUGUUUUGGCGACACCGCAAACAAGCAGACUUUGAUCUCUCCAAGGGCAACAACAGUGCGGCUUACAGAGAGCUGGUUACCUGUUUACAAGUGCUCCAGUGUCCACUGCCAGUGACAAGAUUGGAAGUGUGUAGUUCACUGUUCUGGCAACUCUCCCGUCAACUUCUGCACCGAUUGUACGUUGGUCGCUGGCUGUCCUCCUACACUGGUGGUCUGUUUGCUACACCGGAGUUGCGCAGUGAGGCACAGGCCACAUGUCAGCAGCUGUCACUGGUAUAUCACCGCCUACACCAGCUGCACAUGGUGGAGGGGGGCAGCUGGGGUGCUGGGGUUAUGUUAGCAGUGAUGUCAGUCAACCUAGGUGAGGCAGCUGGUCCAGUCAGUACCAGCCAACUAGCUCACUGUUACGUCAUGCUGGCCUUGCAGCUCAAACAGUGCCUGCCCUCCGUUCUGCAAUUCUUCUCCAGAUACUACUUGAGCAGUGGGCGAGCGUUCUACCAGAAGCAGCCAUGUAACCACCUACAGUGGUUGAUGAGUCCCUAUGGCUACAAGUAUUUCCUGAGCAACCAGUGGGGGUAUGGUCUUCCUCAGCCUACAGUCUUCACCAGUGUUACAGACCCCACAGAUCCUCUGUCGUUUGUUGCUAGGAUCUACCGAGAACACCUGCUGGAGAGGAUUUUAAAAGCAAUGGUGAUGCCAGGAGCAACCCAGGAAUCUACAGCAGAAGAGAGUUCCAUCAAACGCAGCCCAACACCUGAAGUGCUGAGUUAUAUCAAACUGCUGGCUGACUGUCAUUGCUGUGAGAGGUCUGCAUGGUGGGCAUCAUUACUACAGGUUGCUGCUCACUGGAUGCUGUCUGAAGAUGUUGCUGUGGAGAGACUGUACCCGCGAGUGGAGACCCCCCCUGCUCCCCAGGAGCCCCUGGUGCGCACGGUGAUGGCUGCCUAUUACAUGCACAAGGCAGCUCUCAGUAGUACACCUCCAUCCCCACACGCUCUCGUAUCACUGUGCAAUACUGCUAGCCAACUGCUGCAAGAGAGCCUCACAGUAGAUGCUUGCCACAAGCCUGACACCAAAGUUCUGUUGGCUCAACUGUUGGUGUGUGACUGGCUGCUGGAGACUCGCACAGCACUGUGGGAAGAGCAGGGAGGCAGUGCCCAGGGUCCUGUACCCAGUGAACAACUCUCCGGUUUCCAGGCAGACCUCUCUUCUCUCUGCAGGAUCACCCAGGAGCUACCGUGUGGACUGGCACGUGUGUUCUUGUAUGAGGCCACCGUGAGGCUGAUGGCAGGAGCGGCACCAGGCCGAACACAACAGCUGUUGGACCGCAGUCUCCGACAUCGCUCUACUCGCUCCAACCUCAUUUGUGGUAAAGAUAAGUCCGCCCAGGAUGUGGGAGGUGAGCGUGAGCAUGCGGCUGCACUGUACCUUGCUUGUCGACACUUGCCUACACCACUGCUGGCCAGUCCGGGCGAGCGCGCAGGCAUGCUGUUAGACGCGGCUAAAACACUGGAGAAGAUAGGAGACCGUAAGCGGCUGCAGCAGUGCUAUCAUCUCAUGCAGUCCCUGGGCACUACUGCAGUGCCUAACUAAUCAUUAAUACACACUCUCAUUGGAGUAUAAAAUAUAUGUAGCUUUAUUAGUAAGUGAUGUGUUAUAGUAGAAACUUAAGUAAAAUAUAAUUUUGCUUUUUUUAAACAUGCUACUUCAGUGGAUUCACUUGUUAUGUCCUUAUAAAUAUUUUACAUUUUAAAGAAGUCAUUAAAUCAUGUGCUUGAUAAUAUCAAAUUCUGCUCUACAUAUAUUUUUUGUAUGUCAAGCAUCAAUUGCAUUUCCAACUAUCCAAAUCUGUUUGGACCAAAAGCUCUGGUAAAAGAGUUUCAUUGAUUUCACCAAUAAUUUUGUAUUAUUAGCCUGUAUGCCACUAAGUACAGGGUGUUGCUCCAACCUAUUAGGAUGUCAGGUACAAAGAUCUAGUCCAGUCCAUGGUAUUGGAUUGUUUUUGAUAAUUUCAAAGAUGAAGGAACACACACACGGUUUUUUAUAACCAAGAUAAUUGUUUUUAAUUCUCAAACAUCUUGAGUUGAGUUCUUAAGUUUCUACUGUAAUGUGAAAUAGUGGCAAUACUAACGUAUAUAUUCUUUAAGUUACAAUAAUCUUUGUCUUUUUUGAAACAUACAUUGCAAUAUAUACAUAUCUCUUAAAUUUGAUUUAGGAGAAAAAUGCUUUGAUUGUAUAUACUUAAGCUAUAGUGAAUGUUAAGUUUAUUUUAAUUAUUUAAAUCUAAUUUUAUUUCAUAUUUAUUCUAAAAGUUCCUAAAAUCUUAUUGGUAAAAAAAAUAAAUUGUGAACCUAAUUUGCUAGCAUAAAGGUUUAUUAUUAAAUUAGUGUUGUUUUGUGAACAAUAUUUGGGUCAAGUUAAUUACAAGUUCAGUAAUCACAUUUUUGAAAUGUAAAUUUUGAGAUGCAUAGCCUUUUAUGACAAAAAUAAACUUAUUUUUAUUUCUUAGCUUAUCAAACAAAAUGGAAAAUGAAGUGUUCAAGCUUUUGAUCUUGGUUUGUAUAAAAAAAGAAUUGACACAACAAACAUUUUUUCUGGACUUGGAUAACACAUUCAUUAAUUUUUAUUAUUUAUUAAUCUGUUGGGUUAAAAACCAUUAAUUUUUCAUAAUGUUCCCAAGGCAAUAAAAGAGUAGAAUUGACUUAUUUAAUCAUAACUCAUGUUGGUAAAUUCAUUUCAAUCUUAUCAUUGUUGAAAUAAUAAUAAUUUAUUCAUUCUAUCAUAUGUAAAAUGCCAAUUAAAUUUGUUUGGGAACGAAAAUUAAUAAGUUUAAAUAAACUAAAAGAAUAAAUUAAUAUUGUAGACUUUUAUUGAGUCAAGAUCUAGGAACCAACAUAUUAUAACAGUAUUUCUUUUCUUUAUUAAAAGUAUAUAGUUUAUAAAAUUUUACUAACACUAUUCAAACACUAGUUUAAAAAUUAAAUGAAUGUUGUCUUUUCUACAGUAACAUUACAGUCAAUUUGUGACCAAUUUUAAUGCAGUUAAUCAGAUGAUACUCAGAUGAUAAAAACAAAUAAACAAUGGUGUAGAGUAAUAUUAUUUUAACUAAGAGCACUUGUAAAUAAUAUGUUUACAAUUUAUUAUAUUUUGAUUGAAGUAAAGCAUAUAGUAAAGCAUAAUUACUUUUUGUAGAAUAUUGCAUAGACAGAGUGUGAAGAGUCUUACUAUAUGGGAUAGUUUUCAGAUUUUUAUAAAAAUUGGGAAAUAAAAAAAACUGUGAACACAGUAUUGUUUCCCAGAAAUUAAUAAAAGUAUUUUCACAUUUUGCAGGUUUCCAAAAAUGUUGGUUAUUUGUACUUAUUUAACAUUUAUCCAGGAAUAUAUACUUAGAUUUUUAAAUUGUAUGUCAGGAUACGUACUUUAUUAGUAAAAAUAAAAUGAUUAAUAUAACAAACAAUUAAAAGAAUUAUAAAAGAAUUAAAAAUUUAACACAUAUUCAAAAAUUAUUUAGGAAUAUAAUUUUGUUUGCAGAGAAGUUCUGAAAUCUGAUUUAAAUAAAAAAAAUCCAUUAAGUUAUCUAUAAGAGUUUUAGAUAAAAAGAUGUGUUAACUUUAUGAAACAUGGAUUGCAUUGACAUGUGUUAACUUUAUGAAACAUGGAUUGUAUUGGCCCAUGUAGCACUAAUUAACAUAAGUGUUUUCAAAGUGUUGAUAGUAUUGUAUUAAAUCUUCAUACUGGUUGAAAGUUAUAAAAUAAGGAAUCACGUUUAGCUGUAAAAAUAUAAAACAAAGUGUUUGCAACUGUUAUUCACAACUUUAAAUACACAGACCAUCCAAAGCAGUAUAUAAUGGUAGCAGUAGGCCCCAUUCUGUCCAUCAUGCAGUUGGAAGUGCUUUCUGUCAUUGUGCAUAAACAAGGUAGUGAGUUUUGGCUACAUAGAAAUCACAUAUUGAAUCAAAGGCAUGAAUGAAGUGUGAUAUAGAUGCUACAAUGAAUAGUGGAAUAAACAUAUGAAACAUCCUAAUAAAAUCAUGAAGCAUAUCAUUUACCAAUCCUCAAAAUAAUUUCUUAACUUAGUUAAUAGUUUUCUAAGUAUUGAGAACAGCAAGGUUGUCCUCAUGAUAAUAUAAAAUGUUAUAAACUUUGAAAACUUGGCCCAAAAGUUGCAUAUUCACAAAUUUUAGUGUUAAGUAAUUUCCAUUCGAUUUGUUUUUAACAAUAUAUAUAUAUAUAUUCACGUAACAAUUUCUGACAAGUAUAAAUGUUUUCUGAGUUAAGAUUUUUUAUAUUGAUUCUUUUUUGUAAGAAAAAUAUAAAAUGUUGUUAUUAA